GAGUGGCGAUCAGUAUCACCUGAUAAGAUGGAGAGAUUGUGUGCUUGAACGCUGUGGUUGUGUGGAAUUAGUUAGAUUCUUUCAGCUAAAAAUCACCCAACGAAUUCCGCUCCCGUCUUAUUGUACAAAUCAACACAAUGGCAGCGUACAGCACAUUCGCCUCAUUUUCGGAUUUAGGACCUGCAAUUAUUAAAGUAAAUCCGGCAUAUGGGUAUGUUAUUCUUACAGGCGUGGCUUCCGGAUUCCUCUUGGCAUGGCAAGCGUUUCAGGUUGGCAAAAUGAGAAGGAAAGCGGGCAUAAAUUAUCCCAUCAUGUACAGCUCAGACACUACGGGAAAUGGUCAUCUAUUUAACUGCUACCAAAGAGUCCAUCAGAAUACGUUAGAAGGGUACCCCCUUUUCCUGAUGCUACUUUUUACGGGAGGAUUACAACAUCCUAUCCAGUCAUCCGUGGCAGGAGUCGUAUGGAUUAUUGGCAGAGUUAUUUAUUCCCUUGGAUACUACACCGGCGAUCCAAAGAAACGUGUACGUGGAGCAUUCGGAAACUUAUCCAUCCUAACACUAGCAACUUCUUCGAUUAUGCUAGCAGUUAGACUUUUAAAAUAGCGUUAGUUUGUGUGCCAGUCGGUAGGAUUCUAGAAGCCUUUUAGCCACACAUUUUAUGUGCUUGAAAAUUCAGUAUUACAAUAUUACAUACUUUAUAAAAUUCA